AUGAACACAGGACAAGGGAAUGAGACCCGACCCAUUUGUAAGGCUUGCGAGCGUCUACGCCUGCCCUGCCAAUAUGGGAUCAGGCUCCUCUGGCAGGAGGAGGCUUUGUCAAGGGGCAUAGCGUUGGGUCGUGCAGGUGAGCCAGAUAAAGUGACGGCCAUUCACGUUGAGUGCUUGACCAAAGCUGAUAGAUAUCAAGGCGUGUGGUCGAAGAAGGGCAGAGCCUCAACCCGGAAGCAACAUGUGAUCACCCCAUCCAGACUGCAGAAUGGCCGGCCGAACGAAGAUCCAUAUUCCCCUGUUCAAGUUCCGCUAGCUAAGGAUUGGAUCUUCUUGAACUACACGUACGAUGACUUCCAGAACACCUCGAACACGGACGGCACACACUAUGGUGCCAUAUCGGAUGACUCUUUGCCUUGCGUGAACCAUUCCCUUUGCCAGACUGUCAAUCUCCCCACCACUGCCCGUGUCCUGGAAGAGUCCGAUCGGGGGUUAAGAGGACCCUUAGCCUCAGCUCAUCAAACGGAGUUCAAUGAUUGUCAACAUGUCGUAUUUGAAGACGAUGGCCUUAGCGUGAUGUCGUCGCUAUCGGCUAGGAACCAGGCCGAGAUGGGGACUGGGGACGACGCUGUAUCUGCGUGGCCUAUUCUCCAAAACCCGCCACCUUUCGCGUUGGCAAACAACGAAAGUUAUCUGCUCGAAUACUUCAUCCACGGGAUCAGCCCUCGGUGUACAACUUGGCCUGCGGAUGAUGUAUAUGCGCGCAACAUCUUGCCGAUAUGCAUGACAAGCGUACACAAGCCAAUAUUCAACAUGAUCAUGGCUGUCUCGUCCCAUCAGAUUUCAAUACUCAACAGGGACACCGGUUCUGGUAAAAAUACGUGGAUAUACCAUGGAAAAGCGCUACGUGGUCUCCACACUGAGAUCGGCCAACUCCAACGUCAAAAUGGCUUUUCGACCGAUUGGGAGCAGGUCAUUUCUACCCUAGUCAUGGUCACCUUUUUUGAUAAAGAGCUUUACAGAUUCUUCUGCGCAUACUUUGCACAUCACGAUGCAUUGAAUCGCACUGCUUCUGCCUUGUCAGAUGCUCGGGAUCGCCGCGCAGCGAAAUGGUUCAAGCCCGAACUUGGGCUUGACAUGACCGUUAUCGACCCCUUAGUGGGAUGCUCUUACGAGUUGGUACAACUGAUUUCGGAUAUUUCUGACGUCGCCGCGGAAGUUGAAUGUCAAUCUCCCAGCUCUUGCAUACAGGAGACAGAUUGUUUAUCAACAUAUAGCCCCAAGCAGCGGUUAAGCCGAAUGCAACGUCGUGACAGCAUCGAAAGGAAGCUUCAUACUCUGGCACAAAAGCCCCCGAAUGCCUCGGCGCCGCAAAAGAAUGUCGCCAACAACUUGAUAAUUACAGAAGAGGUUGGAUGUAUAGCCGAGAUCCGCCGGUUAUCAGCUUUGAUGUAUUUGUAUUCCAGAAUCGAUGGUGUGCCACCCGGUCAACCACCCAUCAACCGAUUGACAGAUCAGAUCCUUGCUCUCAUUCCGAAGAUUUCGCUUCGCUCCCACGCCUUGCUCUGGUCCCUUUUUGUAGUAGGUACAAUGGGACUUAGCAAGACGGAGGGCGAUUCUGGUAGGAAGUUUAUUCUUGAGAGGUUGGGCGAAAACACCCUGCUGGCCCCCUCUUGA